CAUGCAAUUUAAUGUUUUACAAUUUGAUCUUCUUACUUUGAUAACUGAUUUUAAUAUUUCUUGUAAUGGUUAUCUGACAUCUAUAACAUAUCUGACAACUGGUGAAGAUUAUCCAUUUCAUUUGGGAGUUUGGGAAAAAAUCUCUGGUAAUAAAUAUAUUAAAAAAGAUUUUAGAACAAUUACAAAAACUACAUCAGUGGAACAAAGAACUGUGCAAUUUGAAAUUCCAAUGGAAAUUUCAACAACUGACUAUUUGGCAUUUGAUUUUCUACAAAAUACAAAACAUGGUAUUGUAUCCUAUGUAGGAAAUUCCUCUGGAAAUGUACAAUUUUACAAGGUGAAUACCCGUUCUAUCUACAUCAAUUUACAGAACAAUUAUUUUACAUAUACCAUUCAGAUUAUAACAUUUCCUCAACAAUCUUUGAAUCUACCAGUUUUUAUGCCUGUCACCUUUAAUCCACAAAUCUAUAACAAAUAUUAUGCCUUUAACCUACAAUUUAUCCCAAAGAAUGUCUACAAGAAAAAUCCAGUUUGUUCAAACCAACAAAAUGUUUACGGACGGGAUCUAAUCAGUAGAAAUGAUGGUGGCGGAGACUUUUCAGUUCUUUUAACUGAACAUAAAUUUCUCUGUCGUGGAAUUUUAAGAAAAAUUGAAUUUUACAGAAAGCAAACAGAUAAAAGUUAUAUUGGAAUUUGGCGAAGAAUGUCAGAUUUGGCAGGAAUUAAAUAUAAAUUAAUUACUCUAAUCACAUUACCAGAUGGUCCAAUCAACUCUGUUCAAACAUUGGAAUUAAAUGAUACAGUGUCUGUAGAGGAAAAUGACAUUCCAUUUGUGCUGAAUCAUUUAAGCAAAAGUAAUGCCAUAGCAAAUGCCAGAAAUUCAUAUGGAGAUGCUGCAGCCAUAUCUAUGAAUAUUCAAAAGGAAAAUAUUCAAAUUGGACAAAUUAUUGAUUUACAACUAUGUCAACAUGCUUGUGAAAAAGGUUUCAGAACUUACUCCAUUAAGUUUUAUGUUGAUUCAAGAAAAAAAAACAUAUCAUAUAGAUAUCAUAAAGAUGUGGUAACAACCCAGGCUGCUCUUUUAUAA